UAAUACAUAUGUACGAAAAUAAUAUUUAUGUACGAAAUCCGAACGAAACGGUUAUCAAGCGCGCUACUCCGAAUAAUUCCGGAACCGAAAUAUAUUUGUGAGCAAAAAAUCGGAUUAUAUUAUCGCUGUUUGCCGUUUGAGGCUCUCUUCCGUUGCGAAUGAUACUAAAAAGCACACGUUGUUACAAACGGAACUACGGGCGCGACAGCAACAACAAUAGGAAUCGAGUGGCGGAGGGACAACAACAAAUUGUAUUGCGUUUGCGGCCGCGAAUUUUUGAUGACGUCGCCGUCUUCUAGGGCGUAAAAAGCAAAGCAAAGCAAACAAUCGCGAAAAGCAAAACGAAACGUGUAAACGGCGUAGAAGCGAUAAAAGCGACUCAAAUACGCAGCAGAUAAAAUACAAUAAGAGAAAAAGUCACGAGAACUACUGUUCAAAUUCGGCAUCGUUUUGCGAGUGUAGCAGCGGGUGUGUGUGCGUGUGAUUGGGAGAAUAAAAAGGAAUCGAACGGUAAAUGCAGCGCCGCAGAAAUGUCCAGCCUGACGCUAAACAACAUGGUCAACGUAACGCAGCAGGACCUACACGAUCUAUUGGAAACUUUCGAAAAAAAGUCCUUCGAGGCGGCGGCCUUUGAGGAAGGAACGGCGGAGUUUGACAUCUCCAAGAAAUGCGAAUACCUGUUUAAGCUCGACUACAGCCUCAUCGAGCUGGAUAACACGAACGGACUGCUCAGUCCGCGCUAUCCUGGCCGAAUACUCAUCCCAGAAUGCGAGCACGGGCACAUGGCCAAGACGCUGGUGCCGGGGAACGGUCUGUUUGGGCCAGUUGGCGGCGGGUUACCAGGAGGAGGAGGUGGAGGAGGCUCCUCCGGAACCACCGCUACGACAACGCCCCUGAACAGCAGUGCAGGAAGCACCGGAAGCGAGGGUGUGGGCAUCCAGGCCUUUGUGACCUUUGCCAAUCCCCUGCAGACGCAACAGCAGCAGCACCCCCUCCAGCAGCAAUAUCCCUCUCAGCAGCCACAUCCCCUCCACCCGCAGUACCCCUCCCAGCAGCCACAUCCUCUCCAGCAGCAGCAACAGCAGCCACCGCAACAGCAACCCCAGAACACGAUUUACGAGGACCAGUACGAUAUCCAGCGGAUGCGGGAACUGGUGACGAUGGCCAAGUACGCGCGAUGCCGGCAAAGAUUCGCCGUGCCCGUGAUCAUGUACCGCGGGAAGUACAUCUGCCGGUCGGCCACCCUGUCCGUGAUGCCGGAGACCUACGGCCGGAAGGUGGUGGACUAUGCCUACGACUGUCUGAGUGGCGGCAACUACACGGCGCCAAACGGAGAGGAGAACGACGCCGACUCCACGGACGAGUCUCUGAUCACUCACAUGCACGACCAGGCGCAGUCACAGUUCAGCUACGACGAGGUCAUCAAGAGUGACAUCCAGCUACUCCACACGCUCAACGUGUCCACCAUCGUGGACCUCAUGGUCGAGAACCGAAAGAUCAAAUACUUUAUGGCCGUUUCCUCAUCCGAAAAGGCAGAUCCGAACAAGCACUACAAGAGCUUUAAUCUUCUAUCCCUCCCGUAUCCCGGCUGUGAGUUCUUCAAAAAGUUCCGGGACAACAAUUACAUGGCGCGCAACCUGCACUACAACUGGAAGCAGUCGUUCAACGAUGCGAAUAUCAACAUUCCCAACAUGGGACCCGCUGCGGAUAUCGAUGUGGUGUGGCCGGAGUACCGGGACUGGGAUCUGGUGGCCAUCACCCAGAACUACCUGAGGGCCACCCUCAAGUACGUGCAGGAGGAGAGCUCCGGCCUGCUGAUCCACUGCAUCAGCGGUUGGGAUCGCACUCCGUUGUUCGUCUCCCUGGUCAGGCUGUCGCUGUGGGCAGACGGACUCAUCCACCAAUCGCUGAACGCCAUGCAAAUGGCGUACUUCACACUGGCCUACGACUGGUACCUGUUUGGCCAUCAACUGCCCGACCGCCUGAAACGGGGCGAGGACAUCAUGUUUUUCUGCUUCCAUGUGCUCAAGUUCAUCACGGACGAGGAGUACAGCAUCGUGGAGCAUCGGAAGCGCACCAAGACAUCCAGCAGCAGCGGCAGCAGUGUCAUAGUGAUCAAAUCCGACUGCUGCGACGAUGAACCGCUCAAGGAAGACUACAUCCUGGCCUUCGAUCAAGAUAGUAACGACAGCUACUCAAACUGUUCCAACUGUGAUAUGUCCAUAACAGAUAACUUCUAUGCCACCACGCCAGCGCAAGUCAACCCGCUGACCAGCAGGUCGCCCAACCCGAAGAGAUCCAGAACCAGCCCCAUUUCAGUGCCCGGAUCAAAUGCGCGGCAGAGACAGGAGUCCACAUCCUCGAAUGGCAGCUGGCAGGUGGUCACCGACACGGGCUCCAUUGACUCCAUGAUGAACGGCAGCUACAUGAUGCGGUUUGUGGCUCAACAGGCGGCCGACGUUGGCGGCUCCUCGAACAUUCCUCUGUACAAUGGCGGCAAUGGCUACCACUGCAGCACCAACCCGGCAUCGAGCGGCAGCGGGAGCGGAAGUGGGAGCAGCAUCAGCAAUGGCAGCUCAACGCACGGUUUUGCAAAUGGUUCCUCCAAAGACCUGGGCGGCAGCACGAUGGCCAGCAAGCAAUGCAUAAACUUACGAAAGCAACGCCUGAACGCAGUGCGCGCCAUCUUCAUACAAGCCUACGGCAAGACGAUUGGACUGAAAUUCAAGGAGGGCUCCUCCAUGAACCUGGCCACGUUUAUUGGCAACCUGGCGGACCAACUGUUCUGAGGAAGCAGCAGCAGCAGCUUUGACCGAUUGUUAGUUUUUGUCGCCCACAUUGUUUGUUUCUUGUUAAGUGCUGCGCUUUCCACCAACGUAUAGACCUGUUGAAUUGCGUUCUUUAGUGACUGUUGACGAUUGUGUAAUGAUAACUGAUAACUGAUAAGCAUAGAACGAACCCGGCGGCUCCCGGACAACGUGCAUAGUACAACUCCUGUCGCCCUCCUGUUGUCCUGUCCUGGCUAACCCGCUCUCCAGUUCUCUAGACUGUCCCGCGCCCCGCUCCUUGUUUGUUUAGUUGUUAGUUCUUUGAGAAUGCAAAGCAAGCGAAUUAAUAAUGCGAUUCGGA